UGAUUAAAAAAUGACAACACACCAAUAAGGUACGUUUUACAGCAUGUAGAGAAAACGAAACAUUUUAAUAUAGGGAACUGUCAAACUGCUGACGACGAGCGAUUCACAUGUAAAAGCGACGGUAAAUUUACAGGUAAUUAUUAUUCCUAUAAAUGUGAUGUAGAAAAAAUGUUGGUAAUUAUAACACAUGACUUAUGGAACACAUAUAGAAAACAAAAAUGCGAUGAAAUAUCAGAACUCUUCCUAGAAAAUAAAUUAUUAACGUUCACACUUUUCGCCACAAAACUGUAUUCUGUAAAAGAUUGCUAUUGUGCCAAUCGUCGCCACUAAUUGCAAAAAACGUGCCACUAACGUCAAACCCUUGUUUGUGAUAAUUGUUUAGUUCUCUACACCAAGGUCUUUGGGUGUGAUUUGGCGCAGCGUUGACAAGAAUCGUGUGUGAGGUCCAGCUCCAGCGACUGGUGUGUCUGCGAAGAGUAUCGGCGGGAAUGUCUUUGUGACCUGUCACACCGCGAGUCUUUGCAUACAAUCUGUUCUGGGGGUGGCAAAUGUUCUGAAAAAAAAGACGUGUGGGAUUGCAAUUACCACUAUCCAUCUGAAGGGAAGGAGUGUUCUAUGAAUUCAAACAACAAUGUUAAAUUCACGACCGUAGGGCAAAAACUAUUGAAGGAACCAAUAUGGAUAGGAAUGGUAGUAGUGUUCAUUUUGUUGAUCAUCUUUGGAAUAUGCUAUGUCAUCAAGAAAAGGUGUGCGAAGUAUACAGUUUGCUGUAAGGAUAUGAAAGCUAUACUUCGAGAAAGAGAGGACGAAAUUCCAGCUCACUGUAAUAACCCAAUAUCAAACUCGCCGAACCUGAGCCCGCGGGUUUCUGUCGAGGUCAUCAGCGAGUCUUCUGACCCUUCACCUUCUUUUCUAAACCGAAAGAAAAUUGUAGUUGAAAUUGCCAGGGACACUUCAACAGCUACUCCAAAACCAAUAACACCAACAUUAGAUUUGACAAACAGGGAGGCAGCAGCAAAGCUUUUUGCGUCAUAUGAUAAACAAUUAACUUUCCCGUUUGGCACUCAGAGCCCUGUCAAUAAACACUCAAUGCAGCUUCACCCUGUAGGGGGCCUCAAGUCAGGGGUCCUUGAGUUUAAUACCCAAGAAAAAGAAGAAAAUUCAUUCAACCGGUUUGUGCUUAGGUCUCCGCCUUUACCAUCUGAGUAUCGAAAAUUGAAGUACAGUCAAACAACUUCGGUUUUCGAUGCGAAAAGUGAUCGUCACGUUGAAGAGGCCUCCUCUCAGAUCACACGAUCAAAGUCGCUCACACCUGGAAUCUUGAGAGAAACGGGCCAGUCUCCGGUUAUUCUUAAAAUAAACGACGAAAACGCCAAAGACGCCAUUGGAGACGAUAAAGACCAUUCGUUGGCUGUACCUAGAGAAAACACAAUCAGAAGGUCGUCUUUUACGGAUAUGAAAGCUGAAGACAAACGCAGACUUUUCUCAAAAUGCAAGAGUUCUUAUCCUGAAAAGAGCAUCGUCCCUUCUCCAAACAUACAGCGUUCAAAUAGUAACCGCGAGGUACUGGUUGUAUCACAGAGUGAUAACUGUAGUUCUGAUGUUUUCAAUAGAAACUCCUUAGACGUCAAUGUCCCGUAUUCUGCGUCACUGACAGACACUUAUAAUGCACCUACGAAUACGAUGACCUUUUCGAACUCUAAAACAUUCGAUAGAACGUGUUUUCUCCCAAGAAAUUCCACAGCAUCGGCUCAAAUUAUGAAAAAUAGAAGGGCUAAAUCCACACGAAAAUGCAAGUAUUACAUUCGAAUUGUGAAAAAUACUAUCCCCAAAAAACAUGCCCGUUCACGUUCUAGAGAUUCGUCGUUUGAAUGUUCAUGUGGCUCUGGAAAUGCUCUAAAUAAUUUAGAAUCGGGGAAAAGAAAACAGAGGAAAAGAAUAAGGAAGAGAGUAGAAAUCACGGAUUCAAGCAGUGACAAAGAGGAUUUUUAUUCCUUGCAGAAAACAAACAACAGAAACUUGAAUUUUAGAUAUCUAAAGAAGUGCAUGGUAGAUGGACAAACUCAAACAAAUGGAGAGCAAGAGACACCAGAGUUUUUAAUUUCAAAAACGUUACAUUCGCAUUCCAGUAGACCUAGUUUAAAAAAUAAUGAAAAUUUUCAUAAAGUUGGCGAUAUUAACGCAUUGUAUUACAAAGACAAAACCCAUAAUCUCUCCAGCUCAAAUCAAAGUGAGAGUGACGAAAUCAUUGUUAUGGAAUAUGUGAGAGAUCGAGGAAAUCUCGGUGUUCUUACGACAGAUACAGACACCGGAUUUUCAUCAUCGUCGAAAAGUCUGUAUGCAUCACCGUGGAAAGAUGACGGUAAAGUGUCUGUGUAUUCAGGGAACAUUUUCACUAGACCAAAACCCCCCGAUGGAUAUAUUCCAAAACACAGCAUUAGGUCCACAAACUCUGUUAACAGUUACAAGGUGAAAGACUCUGCCUACGAAACAAGUCAGUCCUCCAUGGAUACAAUGUCAUUCGAGAGGUCUCAUGAGAGAGCAUAUGAGAAAUUCAAUAAAAGACAUGAUGAGAGACGAAUAACAAAUCAGCUUGAACAAGUUUCUUUCAAGCUAAUGAUGCUACGAAAUAGAGAUUACCCAACAAAGGAACUCUCGGUUGACAGCACCUCGUUCGCGAUGUCUGACGACGAUUUACCGAAUGUAGAAGUUGACUCAAAGAAUUCAGGAAGAAGACCAAGUUAUCCUGGAAUCAUUAACAAAGCAUUUACACUAGAACAUGUGUCUGAAGAAGGAGACAUUGUAUACACACCGGAACAGACCUCGCUUACUGACCAACAGGGAACCCUGGAUGCCUCGUGGGCAAUUCAACCAAACUCAACUCCGGCACACAACGAAGAAAUAGAGAUGGUUGAAUACUUGGUUUGAUUUAAAAUUAUUUUUAUACAUUUCUUUUUCAUAUCUUUGUUAAGUUUUAUAUGACCGUUCUUGUUUGUGAAUUAACUGUUGAGAAUUAAAGUACAGAAAUU